AUGGGCGGCGGCGGAAAAGUCCCUUACCCCAAGCACGUCUGGUCCCCAGCCGGUGGUUGGUACGCGCAGCCUGCCAACUGGCGCGGCAACACCUUGAUCGCUGGUGUCGUCAUGGCCGGCAUCGUGGCCGUUACGUGGAAGUUCAGCGCCGAGCGAGAACAAUGGGCGCACAGGCCCGAGCAAGGGCAGUGGUACGCCAGCCGACACUGGUCAAAGCAGUUGAAGCAGUGGGAUGCGGAGGACGCACAGAACGGAACAAAGAGCGAAUAG